AUGAUUAACCUCAGCCAAUCAGAUGAGAGCAUAAAAUCAAGCCAAGACUCACUGGAAUCACAAGAGAAAGAUUUGGAAGAGAAAAAGAAUGUUGAUGUAUCAACGGAAGCUAUUUCAAGUGAUAAAAAAAAACUUAAAAAACUGAAGAAAAAGAAUAAAACGAAAGAUAAAUUAAAUGUUAAAAGUAGUGAAGAGGUUUCUUCAGAAGAAUCUGAAGAACCAGUUGUUAAUACUGAUGAGCUUGCAAACAAUAAUGAAGUGAAGAAUGAAGAAAAUAUAGAUUCCACAAACAAAGACCGAAAAAACAAAAAAAAUAAAAAAAUAGAAUCCGUCAGUUCAAGUGAAGAAAAAAAGAAUUCAAAGAAACAAAAGAAUACAGAAGAAAAGGAAAAAGAACAAAACUGUGAAGGAGAAAAUAACAAAUUAGAUGGUUCCAAUAAAUCCAAGAAAAAUAGAAAAACUGAAACAAAUGAAAGCCAGCAAAGAGCAGCAGCUAACGAAAACUUGAAGCAAAAAGAAGAGAAGGUAAUGAAAGCAGAAAAACAGAAAUUGCAAGAAACAACGAAACAAGAAGUAAAAAAAGAAAUGAAGAAGCAGAAAAAUUAUGAUAAAGCAAAAAACAUAAAACAAAGUGAAGAAAAUGAAGUAGAAAAUGAGGUAGAAAACGAUUCGAAUGAUGAAAAAAAUAAAAGGAAUGAAGAAGUAUUAAAUGAUCAAAAAUUAAACAAAAAUAAAAUGAGUAAAAAAGAGAAAAAACUAAAGAUGAAAAAUAAUACUAAACAACUUUCUAAAGAUUCAAAUGAGAUGGAUGAGCUCGAGGAAAAAAAUACUUUUGAGCUUAACAAUGAAAGCAGUUCUGAAGAAAAAAACGAAAGUGCAAUGUCGAAACAGAAAUCAAAUAAGAAAAAUAAACAAAAAAUGGAGAUGAAAAAAGAUAAGAAAGAUUCACAGUCACUUAAAUCAUGUCAGAUUAGUGACUCCGAAAAUGAAUCUGAAAUCGUUUCUCUGAAAUCAAAACGAGUGAAACGCUCAAAGGAUAGUGGUAAGGACAAGAAAAGUAAUCCAAAGAAAAAAGAUGAGAAGAAAAAUAAAUCUAAAAAAUUAAAAAACAAAAAAUAAAACUAAUAAAAA